AUGAAGCUUCUCCUUGUCAUCACCGCCCUCCUCGUGGCCACCGUCUCUUCCAUCUGGCCGUUUUCGGAAGAGAAGACUGAAGUGUACUACAACGUCACAUUCAAAUGUGUAAGAGAUUAUUGUGUGGAAGGCUGGCUCGUGGAAGAAGACUGCAUCAGGGACGAUCGUAUCACAAAAUUCAAAUAUUGUUCGGGAGCGGGGUCGCUGACCCGUAUGAUCACAGGAACGAUCUCAAAUGGAGAUGGAAUUUUUGAUAAGUAUUUGGAGCCGGCGCUUCUCAUUAAACAUAACUGUCGCCCUGUCAGACUCGGGUUCGAUUAUUUGAACGCCUUAGUCAGGCUUGGCUCCAUCAGAAAAAAUGAGACCGAAUGGAAGAAAAACGUCACAGUCCAACUUACCGAAUUAGGAACACAGUUUCAAGUCAGAGGAGAAUGUUUCUAA